CGUGAAGCUCACCAUCACAAGGAUUUCUACAACUGCCUGCUUUCGCGUCAUAGAGCAAAGAUGUUCAAGCCUUCGUCACCGUUGUUCUCGGGUCUUCUCUGGAAAAUCCCAUGGCGCAUCUCGCAGCCCCAGAAAGCCCGCCAGCGCCAGCGCCUGCGUGCUGUUGACCGCGUUGUCGAUACCCUUAGCACAGCCCUUCGCCGAAACGGCGAGUCCACAAAGGCAAUCGAUAGAUGGUACAAGGAAAUGCCGCGAGAGGAGGAGAUGCUGCCUCGAGACAAGUACACUCUUUUCGACAAGAAGGAGAAGACGUACCGCAAGGGCAUUCAUAAACUACCAAAGUGGACGAGAGUCAGUCAGCGGGUCAACCCUCCGGGUUUCUAAACGACGUCGCAGUCCGUCUUUUAGAACCACGAAAUCGCGCCCUACCUCUCCUACCAGCUACCUUCUACUAUCGGAUACCUUCCAUCGAUAUUACGAUACCAUUGUAUUAUAUACCUCUCUUUGUACCGCCACACUAGCCGCUAGAGGAGAAAAUUGGGGUGCGAAAGAAUAUAUGGGGUUUUUACGGAGUUUUGGAAACAAAGAAUCACUUCCUGUCUGCAUUAUGUAUCCUAGCCUUUGCAAUGUUCCCUGGUUAAGUCUUGUCAAGCAUUAUCGAGUGCUCCUCGCGUCCAUCUCUGCAGUGUGUUUACUUGGAGUCGCUACGAGGUGAAAGACAAGGUCAAAAUUUGAAAGCAUACCUUUCUUUGAGAAUAGGUUUAAAUUCCUUAAACUCAUACCAUAUGUAGUAUAUAUAAAUAUCUACCUAUCUAUAUUCCUAAUUUCAAAUAUCAUAUGGAAUGGUACUUCC